CCGGCUCAACGGAGCUAGCAAUAAUUUUACUUUUUUUUUAAUAAAAUAACUACAUUUUUUUAUUUAAACUUUUAAAUAAUCAUCCGCUUAAUAGUGAUCUCGUAGUCUUCUAUUGGUGAUUUUUUCCCAAAAUUGUGUUGUGCGCAAUCAUCUCAAUUCGAACAUAAGUGACUCAGUUCCGCGAAGCGUACUAAAUUGCUCCAAAAACAACAUGACUCGUUCACAUGUAAUCUCGAUUCUUCGCCGUUCGACUGUUGGCUUAUUUAGGGGACAUCGAGCAUCGCGUCAUCAGCAAAUCUUUUCGAACCAGGUGCGGUGUAAAUGUGAGGAUUCGGCACCCAGUACUAUGAAGGGCGUAGUCAUUGGGAUGUACGCCAAGGAGGGCGAGAAAGGUGCGAAGCUAUCGGCCGGAGGCGAGCAGUUCGAUGACCGCGUUGGUGGCAAGAUCACAGAGCUGAUCAAGGAAUCUGCUCUCAGCGGUGCCCUUGGACAGGGUCGAGUAUACCAGAAUGUCGACAAGGAGUUCUGCUGCGUGGCGGUAGUGGGAAUGGGCAAGGAGGGAGCCGGCUUCAACGCAGAGGAGGUGAUAGACGAGGGAAUGGAGAAUGUAAGAGUCUGCGCCGCCGUCGGGGCGCGAGCUCUGCAGCUGCAAGGAUGUGUAGUCUGUCACGUGGACGGAAUGGAUUAUCCAGAGCAGGCGGCCGAAGGCGCCGCCAUGGCCGUGUGGCGCUACAAUGUCAAUCGCCGCAAGAACGACAGAGUGGCCAUACCAAAGCUGGAGCUGUACGGCUCCUCCGACCAUGACGCGUGGACGAGGGGCCUGUUCAAGGCCGAGUCACAAAAUCUGGCCCGCCGCCUGGCUGACACUCCCGCCAAUCAGAUGACCCCCUCGAUCUUCGCCCAGGCCACCGUCGAUGCCCUCUGUCCUUGCGGCGUUUCUGUAGAGGUGCGAACCAUGGACUGGAUCGAGGGGCAGGGCCUUAACUCUUUCCUGACGGUGGCGAAGGGCUCCUGCGAGCCGCCAAUCAUCCUAGAGGUCAGUUACUGCGGCACCGCCCCAGAGGAACGGCCCAUCCUGCUGCUGGGCAAGGGUCUGACCUUCAACAGCGGUGGCCUCUGUCUGUUCCCGCGCAAAGGAAUGGACGAAUACCGAGGAGCUGUCGGUGGCGCCGCAGUCUGCGUGGCAGCCAUUCGGGCGGCGGCUGCUCUGUCGCUGCCCAUAAAUGUUUCAGCGGUCCUGCCUCUCUGCGAAAACAUGCCCUCGGGAAUGGCUGCCAAGCCUGGCGAUGUGGUCACCCUCUUGAACGGCAAGACAAUGCACAUAGACGACAUCUCCCUGGCAGGCACUCUCCUUCUGGCCGAUCCCCUGAUCUACUCACAGUCCACCUUUAAGCCGAAGCUGAUCGUCGACGUGGGCUCCAUGGCCAGUGGCGUUCGGAAAGGUCUGGGCGCCUCGGCCACUGGUCUGUGGACGAAUAACUCCUUCCUGUGGAAGAACUUUCAGAAGGCCGGCUCUCUCACCGGCGACCGGCUCUGGCGCAUGCCUCUGUGGAAGUUCUUCCGUAAAUUAGUUGCACCUGGCAAAUCCUACGAUAUAAGCAACAAGGGCCAAGGUUACGCCUCAUCCUGCCUCGCCGCCGCAGUCCUCUUCGAAUUAGUGCCCUGCUCCGACUGGGUCCACCUCGACACUCACGGCACCGGAAUGCUGGCCUCCCAUGGCGUUCCCCCAUAUCUACUAAAGGGCCGAAUGACGGGACGACCCACACGGUCUAUUAUCCAAUUUCUUUACCAGAUGGCCUGCAAGUGAUCGUUUAUGGAUGGCAUACAUAAGGCGAGGGAUUAUCCACUGUACAUCCCGAACCAAAAAAAAAAAGCAAACCAGAAAUCUCUCUCAAAUUGCGAGUCAUUUUAUGCUGCUGCGUCCCUUGUAACAUUUUACUCAUGUGACGUGCCAAGUCUGUAUUAGCUAUAUUUUUAAGACUUAUUUGCGGUCAGAUUGGCAAGAAAAGUCCAGUGGAAUAUGAAAUAAAAAUUAAAAACUGUGUAAUAUAUAAAAAAA